UGUUCUCGAAAUUCAACCUGAACCUGCCACAAGCGUUGUAUUGCGAUAGUUGCAUCGUCCGCGUGAUCCCGUGAACCAUCUUCUCCUUCGCCUCAUGCCGCCGAAGCGAAAGGCCAAAGGCUCAGCGUCCCCGGCACGUCGGACAGGUCGCACAUCCAAGACCUCGCCUGCCACUGACGAACAUGAAAGCGAUACCAUCACGGCAGGACCAACAAAGAGGGCGCGUGAGGCUUCCUCGCGAGCUGCCAAGCAGAAUGCUGACUCGGACGAUGAUGACUUUGGGACAUAUGGACGGGCCUCCUUAAAGCCAGCGACCAUCGAGCAGCAUUUGAUGGACCAAAAUAAGAAGUCCAAGGCCUUCAUUCAGGGCUUUAAGGAGCAAGUCGCACAGGCACGAGACCAACUUCACGAGAUCCUGGCAAGACUGAAGCAGGACCUGUGCGUACCUAGAGCACCCCUAUCCUACCAAACUUCCCUAUCACCUGACAUCUUUGAUGUGCUCAUAACUGACCGACGUACUUGAAGGGCCAGACCAUCCCACGAUGCCGCUGCCGGCGAUGACAGUUACCACCCGUCAGCGUCAGAUAUAUUUCCCACCCUGCAAGCCGCCGCCGCCCAGUCGUCCUCCACGAAGGACGAUAACCCCCUCUUC